AUGACGAACAAUUUUAUUCAUCAAUAUUUAUUAGGAGAAUCAUUUAAAAAUAUAUUUAUUCGAUUCAUAAUUAUAUUAUUAUCAAUUAUUAUUAUCUGGUGUUGUUUAAUAAUUAUUUUAAUAUUUUAUACAAGAUAUCAAAGAAAAAAACAAAUACAAAAAUUACUUGAAUCUCAUCAUCAUGCCUAUGAUAGUCAAGUAAAUUUAACAACGAAACAAUUAAAUGAGUUAAAACAAAGUUUUCGAUAUCAUUCAUCAUCAAAACCAUCUUCUCCAAUUGAAAAAUUAUUUUCACCAAUUAAACAAGAACAAUUUUUUUCUGCUAUAAAAACUCAAACAUCAAUGCGACAAAAAUUUUAUGAAGACAAUAAAUUAUCAUUAAAUUUCAAUGGAACACAUUCGAUUAUAAAAGCAAUGACAAAACCACCGUUAAUCUCCAAUCCUAAGAAAGACGACAUACAACAACAUCCAAAAAAUCUCAGUGAUAAUAAAUUAAAUAAACAAAAUCAAUAUUUAUUAAAUAUUUGUGAUAAUACUUCAAUAAAACAAGAAAAGAAAUAUGUACGACAUAGUAUUUCAACUGAUAAUCGCGAUGAAAAUUUUCCAAUAGGAAAAUCUUCACAAAAAUUUAGUAUAAAAAUUCGUUCGUAUUCAAAUAUGAAUUUAAAUUCUUCGCAAUUGUUAACAAAUACAAAUCAAAACCGAUCAUUUCUACAUAAUUUAAUAUCGAAAAAACGACGAUAUCCAUUAUUAAAUAAUGCAAGUACCGAUUCCGAUAAUUAUACACGAGAUUUACCAACAGUUAUGAUUACUGAUACAAAUACAUCCUUUACAAAUAUUGUUGAAUUAGAAACAUUCGAAGAUAAAAAUCGUACGACAUCUGAUAUGGAAAAACGUUUAAUAAAUCAAUUAAGAGCAUCUCGUCGACCGCGAUAUUCAACAUAA